AUGACCACCUAUCAAUACCACCCGUCACCAUCACCCCCACCCACCUCUAUCACCCAUCACUACCACUCGCCACGACCAACAACCACCCAUGACCACGACCACCACCCAUCACUACUUUCCGUCACCACCACCUGCAUCCACUAUCCACCAAAAUCAACACCUACAACCACCGCCACCACCCAACCACCACUCGCCACCGUCUCCGACCUACACCACCCAUCACAACCACCUGCCGCCCCCACCCACACCUACACCCAUCAUCUAUCACUGCCACCAACCACCACCCACUACCCACCACCCCUACCUACUGCCCACCAAAACCACCACCCACCACCAUCACUACCACCCGCCACCACUAACCACCGCCACCCAUCACUACAUACCACCACCACCUACCACCACAACCCAUCGCUACCAUCUACCUCCACCACCCCCACCCGCCAUCCACCAAAACCACCACCCACUAUUAUUACUACCACUCGCCACCACCGACCCACCACCACCACCCAUCACCACCAUCUCGCCUCCACUACAUACAAAAACCACCACCCAUACAUAGUAUAA